AUGGCGAUUUCCGGUUUAUUCAAGCUGGGCUUGCUGGGAGUGCUCCUCUCUACAAUUCCCGUUUACUACCGAUACCAAGAUGCAGAGAACAUCCAGUGUCGCCCGAUUGAAUUGAAAGUGCCUCCUGCACUCAACGGAAAACUGGCCCCAAAUGAUAAGCUAUCCAAGGUCGAACAUGUGCUCGAGGAUCGACUGGACGGUCCUGAAUCUCUAGCAGCUAUCGGGGAAACGCUUUACACUGGCCUCUAUGACGGCAGGGUCGUCAAAAUUGUCGAUGGGCGGAUUGUUUCGGAAAUCAAGCUGACGAAAGCAAAAGAUUGUGGAAACUACGAUAAUGAGCCGAAAUGCGGACGGCCUCUUGGGAUCCGAAGGAAAGGGCUCACCGGAGAAAAGUUCCUGGUGAUCGACGCGUAUCGAGGAAUUGAAGAGGUCGAUUUUGCUGAUGGCUCGCACCGUCUCAUUUUCAAGGCCCAAACCCUCGUUGGUGGAAAAGCCAGCCGCUUCCUGAACGAUCUUGAUUUCUUGAACGAUGACGAGAUUGUCGUCACCGAUACGUCAACUACCUAUGGCCGCCGCGAAUUCAUGUACCCGAUUAUUCAGCACCGGGACGACGGAAGGCUUUUCAUGUUGAACCUGAAGACCGGGCAGUCGAAAGUCUUGGCUAACAACCUUGUCUUUGCCAAUGGAGUCCAGGUUCUCCCGGAUAAAACGGCCGUCUUGGUCGCUGAGCUGGGCGCUGCGCGAAUUUUGAAGGUGACGAUUGGCGAUACUCCGCGCGUCGAGGUGUGGGCUGACAAUCUCCCAGGCCUUCCGGAUAACAUACGACUAGAGGGUGAUCACAUCUGGGUUGGUCUCUCGUUGCUUCGCUACGAGGGCGCGGAAUCGUUGCUGGACAAACUGGCUCCCUAUCCUUGGCUUCGACAGCUGAUCUUGGACAUAGUUCCUUCAAAAUUGUGGCUUUCGCUCGUCCCGCUGACCAGGCCACCUCAUUCCAUGGUUUUGAAGAUGGACCUGAAGGGCAACAUCGUCUCAACAUUACAAGAUCCCAAGGGUACAAAGCUCGGGUCGAUCAGCGAGGUGCUCGAAACGGAGAAGUUCCUCUACUUUGGCAGCUUUGACGCCCCCUACAUUGGCCGUCUCGACAAGAAGAACCUG